AUGACGAAGCCCGAUGGGACGGAGACGGAGAGGGAGGCAAAGAAGAUAAACCGGUCGCCGGAGGUCGCCUCUCCGUCGUGCGAGCCCUACAUCUCCGACGUGGCCGCCCAUCCGGAGGUAUUCGCCGCCUUCCAGGAACCUGCCCGUCCAGAGAUUGGAGGAGUUCCAGGCGCCGGAGUCGGCGAGAUGACCAAAGCAGGCGGUGCAGCUAAGGAGGAGGAGGAGGAUGAGGAGGAGCUCUCCUCCUUCACACCCAAAUCUCCGCUCAACAUGCCUUACAUCCCCGACGAGCUAAAUGAUCCGGCUGCCUAUCCGGCGACACACGCCGCCUUCAAGGAGGCCCAAGCCAAAUACAGAGAGAAAUUAAAUCAUCGGUACCGCCUCUUCACUUUGCCACACGAGCCCGAGUCUUCGUGCCUGUCCAAUCGUCGGGAUCUUCUUCUGAUUCGUGAAUCUGCAAAUAAGGCCGUGCUCCACGCCGCCAAAUCCGUCAUCAGGCUCUCAUCCUCUGUUGACGGGAAGCCGCUGGCCAACUGCUGCGGUUUGUGGAUCAAAUGGGACGCGGAGUGCAAGACGGGCAUCGUUUUGACGACCGCACAACUGAUUUGCUCCAACAACUCGAAGCACUCAAACUAUACCAUAGCAAACCACUGGGAAGAAGGUGCAGACCACUACCAUAUUAAAGCUAACGUGAGUUUCUUUCUUAACACUCAUUUUCCAUUUGUUUGCUUCGUAAGGAAUGCAUGA